CUUCCUUUCUAACCCUUCUCAUGGAGAGAAGAAAGCCUAAAAAAGACGACAACAACAACAAUAACAAGACAACCAACGACGACUCAGCCUUUGUGAAAGCCGCUGCAUGGGCAUGGUACCAACACAACUCGGGGUCUAACUCAAAGGGGAAAACAAUAACCGAGUUUGAGGCUACAAUAACUCGGCGUGCAGCAAGGCCUUCGCGAUACAAGUUAGAAGCAAUGAGAAAUAUGGGAAACGAAGAAAACGAAGGGGACACCAAGAAAGUGUCCCUUCUUGAUGAAUACGAAGUGCAAAGCAUUUCAAGGCUUGUAGAGUCUUGUUCUAGUAACCACAACAAAGUUGUCACCGACAACUCUACGAAUGGAAGGGUGAAGAAGAAGAAGGUUGGAAGAGGGUUUUGGGUGAGACAUGGUGCUGUUUGUGGUAGAGAGGAAGAUGUGGUUGAUCCCGGUGCUAAGGUUAAGCGUUUGCCAUUGCAAAAUGCUACACGUAUGUGAUCUAUCGUUUUCCAAUUAAUGGUGCCUUCGCUAUUGCUUUGCCAUACUAAUUCCACCUUAUACAUGUUUAUUGUCAUUCAACAAUUUUCUUCUUCAUAUACAAAUUAUUGGUAGAUCCAGUUUCGUUAAGAAUAAUUAAAAAAAAUUGUUUUUGUUGUUUUA